UCUCAUUAUUGAGAGAAUCUAUGAUUACUGACAAAAAUAAAAUAGUAAGGCAAAAUACACGCGAAAUAAGAACAUUAUCCCAACAUACUUUUAAAACAGCAGGCGAAUUCGGAACAAAAUUAUUGGGCAAAAAUUUAAAAUUUUUGGUAGUAAAAGAUGAAAUAAUGCAAGAGGACGGAUUACUUGGGAUAGAUUCAUUAAGAACAUUACAUUGUACAUGGGAUAUUUGUCGAGGACAGUUACAAUUAGAAAAUACAGUAUUCACACGAAAAGAUAAUACUGAGGAAACAACCAUACCACCGAAAACGAGUAAAUUACAGAAAAUCAAGGUAACGAAUAUUCAAAACGGUGAAGCCAAAAUAACCCUAGAGGACAUAGACAUGCUAGUUACGGUAAAGAAUGGAAUCACCCAGAUACCCGUUAACAACUUGAGCGAAACGGCGACAAAAACAAUAAAAACGACAGAAGUAUUAGGUCGAAAAAUUGAGACAUCAGAUUUCCUCAAGAGCCCCAAAUCAUUAACCAAAGAACACGAGGAAUUUCUAAAACAAAACAUCCGUCUAGAUCAUAUUAGGGAUGGAAAGGAACAAAUAUGGGAAAUAAUAAAAAGAUACCACGAUAUUUUUGUAUUACCCGGAGACCCCAUACCACUAACCUACUUAACCGAGCAUUCUAUAGAAUUGACAGAUCCGACUCCGAUUCACACGAGACAAUAUAGAUUCCCUCCGAUUCAUCAAGAAGAGAUAGCGAAUCAGGUAAAGAAGAUGUUAAAAGAAGGAAUUAUUAGAGAAAGUAACUCUCCCUUUAAUUCACCACUUUGGAUAGUACCGAAAAAGCCAGAUGCGUCAGGGAAGAAGAAAUGGAGAUUGGUUAUAGAUUACAGAAAAUUAAACGAACGAACAAAACAAGACUCAUAUCCACUUCCAUUAAUAGACGAGAUACUCGAUAAAUUAGGUAACGCGAAAUAUUUUUCGGCAUUUGAUUUGGCCUCAGGAUUUCAUCAAAUAGGCAUGAGAGAAAAAGAUAAAUCAAAAACUGCAUUUUCUACUACUGACGGACAUUACGAAUAUAAUAGAAUGCCAUUUGGAUUAAAGAAUGCACCAGCUACCUUCCAAAGAAUGAUGAACAAUGGCCUAAGAGGAUUAAUAGGAAAUACGUGCUUCGUUUAUAUGGACGAUAUAAUAGUAUUCGGAACUACUCUUGAAGAACAUAAUAGAAAUUUACAAAUUUUGCUCGAGCGAUUAUCAAAAUGUGGAUUAAAAUUACAACCAGACAAAUGCGAAUACCUUAAACCAGAAUUAUCAUAUUUAGGACAUAUAAUAUCUGCCGAAGGAAUAAAACCAAACCCAGAACGAAUCGAGAAGAUAAAAACUUACCCAAUACCUAAGAAUCCAAAAGAAGUCAAACAAUUUCUAGGAUUAGCUGGAUAUUAUAGGAAAUUCAUAAAGGAUUUUUCGAAAAAGGCGUCACCAUUAACUACAUUAUUGAAAGACAAAGUUAAAUGGAAAUGGGAAAAUGAGGAACAGAAUGCUUUUGAUACAUUACGAAACGCUCUUUGUGAAGAACCAAUUCUUAUUUAUCCCGACUGGAAUAAAACAUUCAUACUAACCACAGACGCAAGUAAUGAAGCAAUUGGAGCUGUACUUUCCCAAGGAAUUAUCGGACAAGAUAGACCUAUAGCAUAUGCAUCGAGAACCCUCAAUAAAGCGGAAAGAAAUUACUCGACAACUGAAAAAGAACUACUAGCUAUAGUAUGAAUCAAGCACUUUCAUCAGUAUUUGUACGGACGAAAGUUCAAAAUAAUCACCGAUCACAAACCCCUAACUUGGGUGAUGAACGUCAAGGAUCCGACUUCUAGACUUAUGAGAUGGAGAAUGAAGCUAGAAGAGUACGACUACGAGAUAAUCUACAAGAAGGGUAAAAGCAAUGCUAACGCGGACGCAUUAUCCCGCAUUCUGAAAACGACGAUACAUAUGAUCGAUGAUGACGAAAUGAAUGAAACGAUAGAAAACGUAUUGAGCGACCUUCAGGAAGAAGCCGCUCCAACGUACAGCGAAUUCAAGGAUAACGAAGAAACGUUUGAAAGAGAAGAAACGCUGGAAUACGACUCAGGGCGAGUAUCCCGGAGAGGACUCGUCGUCACAACCAGCAGAACGAACAGGGGUCUAUGCAUUGAUCCGAGUGCAGAAGAAGAAAUAUGGUACGCUGGUCUGAGAACCAAGGUACCAGAAGUCGAUGAAAUAGAAGUACGAAUUGUCGACCCCUAUGUAAAAGAAACGAUCCUGAAAAUGAUCGAAUUUAUUCACAAAAGAAAAACGCCGGAGAAGCGUCUAAUCGUAAAAUGCAAUACAGCAAAGGAUCCAGAAACACAAGAAGAAAAGGAAAGACUAAUAAAAAGCGUACAUGAAAGCACCAUAGGCGGGCAUCAAGGAGUCGAAAGGACGCUCCAACGAUUAAGGACCAUGUAUAAUUGGUCGGGGAUAACGAAAGACGUAGAGAAUUUUAUAAAGAAAUGCGAGGUAUGCCAAAGAGAAAGAUUGAAAUACACAGCUAACAGACCGCCCCCAGGAACUCCUGAUGUACCAUCUAAGCCUAAUGAUAAAGUGUCAUUGGACACCAUUGGACCAUUACCAUCAAAUAGAAAAUAUCGCUACAUAUUAGUCAUACAGGACUACUUAACAAGGUACGUGCAAUUAGCUCCAUUAAAAACAAAAACACCUAAGGAAGUCGCAGAAAAUUUCUGGACAUAUUACUGUCAAAUAUUUGGAGUACUAAAGGAAAUAUUAACAGAUAAUGGAUUAGAAUUUAGAGGAGAAUUCCAGGAAUUUGUUGAAGAAAAGCUUAGAAUUAAACAUACAACAACUGCAGUGUAUCAUCCACAAUCAAAUGGAAAAAACGAGAGAACUCACAAGGAAAGACAGAAGAGGAAAAUCAAGAAGCUGCACGAGAACAAGACGAAAAUGAAUCAAUUAUUGAAGCUACUGAUUCUGAGCACAUUGAUACACGAAGCACCGACGAAACCGAUUGAUCGAGAAGAAAUAAUUAUAACGCCAAUAGACACAAAGAAAUCAAUUUACUUGGAACAUAUAAAAGAAGCUCAAUUAUAUCACGACACAUGGAAAGUCACUGUUGGAAUUGAAUAUAGACACUUACAAGACGAAAUAAGAUUAUUAGUAUUACAUACGAAUCAGCUAGCCAAACGAUGUAAUGAGAUUGAUCCAUGUUUAAGCAAGCAAAGAAUAAUCCUGCAGCAAGAAAGAAACAAACGACUAAAUCUAGAAUUAAAGUCUUUAAGAAAAUUUAUGGGUCACAUACAAAGAAGAGGAUUACUCAACGCUGUAGGUGAAGGAAUGAAAAUAUUGUUCGGAACGAUGACUGCAUCAGACGCAGAAUAUUACAACAAUGAAUUGGAUAAACUAAGAGAAGACAAUAUCAAAAUAGCCCAUCUAGUAAGAAAUCAAACGACAAUACUGCUUCACAAAAUACAAGAUAAUCUUGGAACCUACAAAUUUAUUCAGCAGCAAACAGAUAAACUGAACAUCAACUUCGUACUGCUACAAAACGCUACGAAGGAAGAAAUAUUCAAUCUAGAGAUAGAUGAAACUUUGGCUGAUUACAUAUUUCUCUACCAUGAUGUCUCUAUGACAAUGCAAAAGCUCCAAGAAGCUAUAGUUGACGGCAAGCAUGGCAUAGUACAUCCAACGAUACUACCUCCGUCAGAACUAUUUGAAGCAAUGAGAAACACCACUAAGUUCGAGAAAUUCCCUGUGCCAUUAAAAGAAGAAUAUUACGGAAUAUUGUUAGACACAAGUGAAAUAUCGAUAACACUGACGAAUGAAAAACUGAUCUAUAACCUCCGAAUCCCAAUAUUAGAAGAAGAUGUGUACACGCUAUAUCGACCAAUCGCACUACCAAUCUAUUCAUAUAUUCAAGGAUAUUCUGUAUAUAAUGUGGAAUUCGAAUAUAUACUCUUAAAUAAACCACAUACUGAAUUCAUACCCAUCAACGAAGAAGAAAAGGCACAAUUUAAGACUGUAGUAAACCAAUACGUAAUUCAAAGAAAACACCCAAACUAUCUUACAUCAUCGUCAAAUGCUUGUUUAAUAGAAUUACUUUUGAAGAAAAACCAGGAGUGCUCACAAAAAUAUAUAAAACUACAAGGUAUACUAUUUAUUCAACUUUCGACGGAUCAAGACUGGAUAGUCAUCGCCCCAAAGAAAGAACAAGUACACAUAAUCUGUGAAAAUCAAGAACCACACAUAAUAACGAUACAAGACAGAAGCAUAAUACAUUUACCACAAGGAUGUGUAGGAACAACAGAAGAAGCUAUCAUAAAAGCAGGAGGAGAAAAGGGAAACACUACAUUAAACAUACCGAUUGAAACAACGGGACAUUUAGACCAUUGGAAACAAAUACUGAUGGAUAGACAAAUCAACCUACAAGAUCUUAACAUAACAUACUUGAAGAAAACUCAAAUAACGGCUCAAGAUCUCCAAUUAAUGGGAACAACAAUAGAUGAGAUAAACCAACAGAUCGAAAUGUUAUCACUGAAAAGAAGAACUAUGACUACAAUGGAACAAGUCAAAUAUUACAUUACAAUAUUGGGAUACGCUAGCUUGAUCGGAGCUACAUUAUAUAUUUUGUACAAGAUGAAUUGUCUACGACCCGUGUGGAACAUAAUGAAGAAAAUUCUAACACCAUGCAUUACAAUCUAUGAUCAUUGCUCAUUUGGAACAUACGCACAAACGAUGGAUAGAUCACCUGCGGAACCAGUUAGAAUGACAGAUUUAAUACACCAGGAAGAAGAACCACCCCAGUACCAAGAACAAGAAUUCCAGAUGAGAUCAAGACUUCCCAGGAAAGCGUUCUACAAACUCUCAGUCAACGAGGAAGGCAAAGAGGAUUUAAAGAGAGAAUUGAGUUUAUCAAAUCAAAAUGGAGCUCCGAGGAAGAACAAAGGGGAUAAUAAAAAAUGUCUUGCUGUCAGCAGCGCCCUCACUGAUUGUUUAAAAAAUGAAUAUUUUAUUGAUAAACCGGGAGUAAGUUUACAAAAAUAUUUAUUCGGUCAGCGCAUACGCGCUACGGUUAAAGAAGAUUUGAAGGCAACAGCGGCGGAAUUGUUGUACGGAGCUGGAAUUCGCUUGCCAGCAGAAUUUUUCUUACCAUCAAAUCAGGAGACGAAUUCUAGUUUUAUUAAGCGUUUAAAACAACGUGUAGAAAAUAUCAAACCCCGCCCAGCUUCAUGUCAUAGUCAGAAAACGACAUUUGAAUUUAAAGAAUUGGCAAAAUCACCUUAUGUUUUCCUGCAACAUGAUGCGGUUAGAAAUUCAUUGCAACCAUCAUAUGACAAUCCAUAUGGAGUAGUUGAGCGUGGAGAGAAAAAUUUCACUAUUCGUAUCAAUGAUAAAAAUGUUUCCAUAGAUAGAUUAAAACCUGCGUUUUUAAUACCCAGCGAAUUAGAAUCGGAAUCCGACAAUAAUGAAGAAGGCAUAGAAUUACAUAUUCAAAUUCGCACCGAACAAAAUGUAUCGCGACGCGACGAUAAUCCAAACCGUAGUUCGUUUUCCGGCAUACGCGCUACGGUUAAAGAAGAUUUGAAGGCAACAGCGGCGGAAUUGUUGUACGGAGCUGGAAUUCGCUUGCCAGCAGAAUUUUUCUUACCAUCAAAUCAGGAGACGAAUUCUAGUUUUAUUAAGCGUUUAAAACAACGUGUAGAAAAUAUCAAACCCCGCCCAGCUUCAUGUCAUAGUCAGAAAACGACAUUUGAAUUUAAAGAAUUGGCAAAAUCACCUUAUGUUUUCCUGCAACAUGAUGCGGUUAGAAAUUCAUUGCAACCAUCAUAUGACAAUCCAUAUGGAGUAGUUGAGCGUGGAGAGAAAAAUUUCACUAUUCGUAUCAAUGAUAAAAAUGUUUCCAUAGAUAGAUUAAAACCUGCGUUUUUAAUACCCAGCGAAUUAGAAUCGGAAUCCGACAAUAAUGAAGAAGGCAUAGAAUUACAUAUUCAAAUUCGCACCGAACAAAAUGUAUCGCGACGCGACGAUAAUCCAAACCGUAGUUCGUUUUCCGGUUCGUUUUCAAGCUGGAUUCAAUUAAACGAAUUUGCAUUUUUUGUAGAAGUAAGUCAUAGUUUUGUGGCGGUUAAGCCAUAA